AUGUCUCAGCACGUCAAAUAUGGACUAUUCGUUCCCGAAGGAAGCGGUUACCUCCACGUCCAGGUUCUAGGCGCAGGUGUGCAGGGAACAGCGUCUCUUGUGCGUUCUGUUGCCGAGCAGGACGUCUGUGUCAGAAAGAAGACGGUGGGUGUUCAAUCAAAGUCUCCAGGCGAUACAUUUGCAGAGGUAAAGUUGUACCGCCCCCAUCCUCGCAUUCCGAGACUCAUUCAUACUCAAGCAUACGCGGCAUCUGAGCACCAAACCUCCGACUACCAGAGUUACUCAAUGAUAUUUCAGUACUGCAACGGAGGCACACUAUCGAGGUUCCUGGAUAUUCGAAUAGCAGAUGUCAGGUUCAGGCCAACCCCGGCGCUGGUGUGGAAGCUAUUUGACGAACUUCUGUCAAUUGUCUUCUUCCUCCAUCAGGAAUGUAGUCCGGCCAUUGCCCACAGCGACGCCCACAGCUCCAAUGUGUUCUUGAAUUUCCCGACGCAGGACGCCAAACUCCCAGACUUCUAUCUGGGCGACUUCGGCCUUGCCAGGACCUUGGAGGAUUUCAUCUGGAGAGACCAAGGGGCCACGCCGGGUCAACGACGACUUACCGACCCAAAGUGGCUGGAUCAAGCUGCUGACCGAGAGGUCUUCAAGGACUCUGUUGAGAAACUCGUCAAAGAUCUCAGCAGUGUCAGGCACCACGUGUGCAUGAUCAUAACCGGUAAUAGGUCUUACGAUGUGAAGGAUUUUGACGAAGUUAUUGACUGGCACAAGCAGGAACAACAAUGGCCGUCGAAACUGAUCAGCAUGUAUGACAGACUCCGAGGGGUCAUCACCAGUCUGAAAACCAGACAGUUUGAGAAGUACGAAGACUUAAUCGAACUACGUCAGUUGGUAAAUACGUUCGCCAGAGAGCAGGCAGUGGAGCAGAACCCCGAGGCCUCAGACUACAGCGGCACACGACCGGGCAAAUACGCCAUUGCAAAGGCCCCGGGCGGCGCGACCACACCUGAACCCGACAUGGGGCUGGACGCCCAUACCACGAGGUCCGAAGGCAGUGACGGCGAUAAUGUUGAAACUUCACCCAAAUUGUAUGAUUCCCGCCACAAGUUGUUGCUCGGCUCGAUACAUGUCCCUGGACCAUGGCGAAUCGCGCACGUCAACCCAGAUACCCAGAAUGUACUGGCAGUGGAGAGACUCGACUUUGGAUACUACAACAUGCCUAUAGAAGAGACGUGGCCCGAGUUUCUGCUCCCUCCCCAUGUCGCGAGUGCCGGUUGGGACGCGGUCUUGACAGCCGCGAAAAUCGCCGACGCUCGUGACCAAGGCACAACUCCUCCUCCGCCGGUACAAAGCUGGCAGACUGAAGGUUUGGAUUUGAACCAGUGCUUUGAGAUCGAUCCGGAAUGGAAUCCCGUUGAGACGGCAGAGUCCUGA